AUGCCGCAGUUAGAAAGCAUUUCAAAGUCGUACAAGCCGGUCAUCUCGAAAUCGGAGACACCAACAUUAAUUCACCUUCGGUCGGAAGACUUGGAAACUCCCUUUAGUUUUACAUUUGAAGCCGUCAGAUCCAACGUAUUUAGGACGACCUUUACUUCGGACUCACAUCCACUACCGCCUUACCCGUCAAUACCUCAGCCCGAGGGGAAACUCGAAAACGUCAAAGUUAUCGCUAACCAGACCAGCAAGACAAGUUGUUCCUUUGCUCUCGGCGAUAUCAGGGCAUCAGUCGACUGGAAUCAUGCGCCGGUUGUAUCCUUGAGCUGGUCGGGGUCCAAGCAGAUUUUGCAUUCUGACCUCGCGUUUCGUUCCUAUGUCGUCGAUGGUCAGGGUGUCGCCCACUAUGUCCAGCAUGACCGCAAGGCCCUUCACGUGGGACUGGGAGAGAAGUCUGCCCCGAUGGAUCUCACGGCCCGGUUCUUCCAGGUUUCUGCCACAGACUGCUUCGGGUAUGAGGCGUACGCUACAGAUCCCAUGUACAAGCAUAUGCCGUUGCUGAUCAAGGCGACUCCGAGUGGCUGCGUGGCCAUGGUCUCCACUAGCCAUAGUCGAGGAACGUGGUCUGUUGGCGCAGAGAUCGACGGCCUCUGGGGACACUUCAAAGUCUAUAGGCAAGACUACGGCGGGCUCGAGGAGUACCUGAUCAUGGGACGGACCUUGAAAGACGUGGUUCGCAGCUAUGCGGAACUGGCCGGCUUUCCACUCCUCGCGCCUCGCUGGGCAUACGGAUACCUGAGUGGAGGUUAUCGAUACACGAUGAUGGACGAUCCACCCGCGCACCAGACGUUGCUCGACUUCGCCGAAAAGCUGAAGGAGCAUGACAUUCCCUGCUCUGCGCACCAAAUGAGUUCAGGUUACUCCAUUGCCGAAACCGAACCCAGGGUGAGGAAUGUGUUUACAUGGAACAAGCAUCGGUUCCCCGAGCCAGAAAAAUGGAUCGCCCAAUACCACGCUUUGGGGAUAAGGCUGCUGACCAACAUCAAGCCCUUCGUCCUUGCAUCGCAUCCCGACUACCAGUAUCUGGCCAAGAACCGGGGGCUGUUUACAGACCACAAGAGUGGAAAGACUGCUGAAAUGCGUUUAUGGAGUGCCGGUGGAGGCGAAAGUGGAACCGGCAGCCACAUUGAUUUUUCUUCGGCAGCUGCGUAUGAAUGGUGGACCCGUGGAGUCGAGAGACUGAAGGAACAAGGCAUUGAUGCCAUGUGGAACGACAACAAUGAGUACACCUUGCCGAACGAUGAGUGGAAGCUGGCUCUCGAGACCGUUCCCACAGGCAAGGAACAGGCAUCGGACAAGAUUGGACUCUGGGGCCGUGCCAUGCACACCGAACUGAUGGCCAAAGCUUCAUACGAGGGCCUGCUCCGAGCAGAACCCGGCGUUCGGCCCUUUGUCUUGACACGAAGCGCGAGUAUUGGAACUCUGCGGUAUGCGUGCAGUUCGUGGAGCGGUGACAAUAUGACCAGCUGGGAGAGCAUGAAGGCAGCAAAUGCGAUAUCUCUAAAUGCGGGUGUCAGCUUGAUGCACUGCUAUGGCCACGAUAUCGGUGGAUUUGAAGGGCCACAGCCUUCUCCGGAAUUGCUGCUUCGCUGGGUUCAGCUUGGAUGCCACCAGAUCCGCUUUGCCAUCAACUGCUUCAAGACGUCUCCUCAAGACAACCAAGCUGGAGAGGUUAUUGAGCCUUGGAUGUAUCCAGAGAUCACGCCCAUGAUCAGAAAGGCAAUCAAGAGAAGAUACGAGAUUAUGCCCUACAUCUACUCACUCGGCCUGGAAAGUCACUUGACUGCAACUCCACCCCAGAGAUGGAUCGGCUGGGGCCAUGAGUCUGAUCCAGAGGUGUGGACUAGGCCGCUCAAGUCUGGUGAAGAGCAGUAUUGGUUUGGAGACACAUUGCUGGUUGGUGGCGUAUACCAGCCUGGUGUCGAAACCGCCAGAAUUUACCUUCCACGCCGGACUGAAGAAGGGUUCGACUAUGGUUACAUCAAUCUCAAUGCACCUUAUGAAUCCUAUGCGUCCGGCCAGUGGGUGUGUGUUGCGUCGCCAUGGAGAGAAAGCAUCCCGAUCUUCGCCAGAAUUGGUGGAGCGAUCCCUGUCGGAAGGAGCGUGCAGACACGAAUGCCUGGCGAUGCCAAGGCAGAAGGCAGAGCUCUUCCUGAGGAUGACUAUCGGGGUCUCGAAAUAUUCCCACCCAAAGGCAGCUCGCAUGGGAAAACCUUUACCUCGACCUGGUACGAGGACGACGGCCUCGCUCUCUGUCCAGAUAUCUCCUCUUUCACGGUGUCAUACAGCUCCACUGAAGAAAAAGUGAUAGUUGAACUUGGCGUUGGCGCAGACAACGUUUUCGUCCCGCCGUGGACGGAGGUAGUAUUUAUCUUGCCAUGUGGAGACCAGAGAUAUAUUGAGUCGGCCAGUGGAGCCACCAUGGAGCGGGUUGAAUCGCAAGUUUGUGGGAGGGUCCGCUACAAGAUGCAAAUACCUGGCAAAGGAUGUCAAAAUGGACAGGCUCUGUGCAAUGGAUAUCAUUAG